UCCUACAUUAUCUAUAUACUGCCGGGGCAGCACAAAAAGGCAAAGAGAUUAAUGGUGGAGAUGGAUCUGGCUUUGGCUCGGAAAGAGGCUGAGUCAGCUUGCUAAAGUCACAAUGUCCACCAAGAGGUUGUGUAAUGAAGACUACAAUGAUUACAGCUCAACAGAUGUGACUCCUAAUGGCAGUUUCCCAGAUGGCUUGAACAAUAUUUCCAGUCCACCAUCCUACCAACGAUUUGGAGAAACAAAUGGAACAACAUGGUACCAAACCUUAAUACAUCUCUUGAAAGGAAACAUUGGUACUGGCCUGUUAGGACUUCCAUUAGCAAUCAAAAAUGCUGGUAUUGUGCUGGGUCCCAUCUGCUUGCUUGUGAUUGGAAUCAUUGCAGUACAUUGCAUGGACAUCCUCGUUAAAUGUGCCCACCACCUGUGCCAGAAACAUCAAAAACCAUUUCUGGACUAUGGGGAUGCUGUGAUGCAUGGGCUAGAAGCUGGUCCCGUUUCAUGGCUCAGAACUCAUUCUAUCUGGGGAAGGUACCUAGUGAGUUUUUUCUUAAUUCUUACCCAGCUGGGAUUCUGUUGUGUAUAUUUUGUAUUCCUUGCUGACAAUUUCAGACAGGUAAUAUCUGCUGCCAAUGGUACCACCAAUGAUUGCAAUGCCAAUGAAACUGCUCUGUGGGCUCCAACAAUGAGCUCUCAGUUAUAUAUCCUGUCCUUCUUACCAUUUGUGAUACUGCUCGUCUUCAUCCAGAAUCUCAAGAUUCUUUCCAUUUUCUCUAUGGUGGCCAAUAUUCUGAUGUUGAGCAGUCUGAUAAUGUUAUAUCAGUACAUUGUCCGGGACAUUCCAAAUCCUAGCCAGCUGCCUAUGGUAGCUGCCUGGAAAACAAUGCCUCUCUUUUUUGGUACAGCCAUCUUUGCCUUUGAAGGCAUUGGAGUGGUGCUCCCUCUAGAAAACAAAAUGAAGAACCCACAGCACUUUCACAUUAUCCUUUAUGUGGGAAUGGCGAUUGUUACCACGUUCUACCUCAGCUUGGGAACACUAGGAUAUUUGCGCUUUGGAGCUAACAUCCGGGCCAGCAUCACUCUCAAUCUCCCCAACUGUUGGUUGUACCAGUCUGUCAAGCUGCUCUACUCCCUUGGAAUCUUCUUCACUUAUGCUCUCCAGUUCUAUGUCCCUGCAGAAAUAAUAAUUCCUGUGGCUGCUCCUAAGGUCCCUGAACGCUGGAGAUUAUGUUUCAAAGUGCUGCUGAGAGUAUUACUGGUCUGCAUAACAUGUGUCCUCGCAAUAUUGAUUCCUCGCUUGGACAUUGUCAUAGCUUUAGUAGGCUCAGUGAGCAGCAGUGCUCUAGCACUUAUUAUUCCUCCCAUUUUGGAGAUCUUCACCUAUUAUUCGGAAGGCCUGCAUCCCCUCAUCCUGGCCAAAGAUAUUCUCAUCAGCCUCUUCGGUAUUACUGGCUUUGUUGUGGGGACAUAUGAAUCCCUCUACGAACUGAUUUUACCGGCUGUGUCCAAUGCCACCGUUGCUUUACCAUGACACUGUAACCUGUUUUCACUUUGAAAAGUUAUCUGCAGUUCGGUUGGAUCUUGAGUUUCUUCAUAGCAACUGCAGGAACUCGGGCCUCCUCCUUGCUUUCUAUUUAUUUUAUAGAUUAAGCAGAUAAGGCUACAGUUAAAAAAGAAGGGGCUCUUUUUUAGUGCUCUUACUUAUUUAUGGUUCUUUUUUUUUUUUGUACGGGGUUGAUUUAGGAGACUUUUUUUUAAAGUGUGCUCCAUUAUGAUUAUCCCUACCUGGAAGAAACUGAAUGUCUUGCAAGCAUUGUGGAUUUUACUAAACGUCUGGAUCAAGGGCGGCAGUGAAUGUGGGGAGAAUUAGGAGUCCUAAUACUCCUCACCAGAUGAUUUUUAUGAAGCCUUUUGAGCAUCAUGUUACCAGUUCAUUUUUAUUUUCAUUGUUCUUGUUCUAAACUACUUCAGGCUAUCAAUUUAGAAACUAUAGGUCUCAUUUCUAAAAUAAAUUCCUCCUGAGCUUGAGAGUGGUGGCUAACACAGAAGAAGGAAGUGCAAAAGAAACGCGAUGUGUAAUAUUAAAAACAGAUGCUGUGAGUUCAUGCUCCUGUCCCAUAAAGUUCUGUGUCUAUUGGUAAUAAAACAGAAAGCUAAAAACAGCAUCAAGAUGUAUAAUCUAUAAUUCUCAGGAACACCAAUUGGACUGCAUAUAAAAUGAGAAAUAAGGUUUAUAUUGCUGAAUCCAGCACUGCUAGUUUGACCUAUAUAGCAGGGUUCAUAUCAAAUUGCUGUGCGGAAAAAGACACAUGUGUGAGUUGGACAGGAGAUUGAAAAAUGUUUUUAAAGAUAUUUUUUUAUAGUUGUGUAAACAACAGGAUAUUAUAAACCAAUUCUCUGUUGUAAGCUUUACUUCGUUGUAGCAUUAAGGACCAUUCACUAAGCAUACAUUUUGAAAAAUGCCUUGAAUGUCAUGAUUAUAAUCCAAUUUCAUGUAAUAUUUCACACUAUAUAUGUAUGUACACUAUAAAAACAUAAGGUGAGUCAGAUGCAUAGUUGUAACUUCUGAAUUAUUUUGCUUCUGGAUAAUGGAAACACUUUUGAGAGCUACUAAAGAAUCAUAGCCAAUUAGUAUGUGUACAUAGGUUAAAUUCAUAGCCCAACUUUCACGGUUUUCUUAUUUUAUAUAUAAGAGGUCCUGAAAAGCUAGCCAAUCAAAAUAGAUAAAUAUAUUGAUUGAGCAGGCACAUGGAGAUUCUUAUAUUAAAAGUGCAAUACACAUCCUAUUUUCUGUUAUUUGCCUUUGUUCUCAGGAACACUGUUUUCAGAAGCAGUGUUGAAAUUAAAUAGUUUACAUAACGGUUAUUUUCAGAAUUUUCUUCCUAAGAUUUCAGCUGCUUCAUGCCAUUACGAAAUAUUUGAUACUACCGUUUCGGUUUUCUAAACUAAUCAUACAUGCAACUUGCAUUUUAGUUUCUUCUGUUUUUAUCUAAUUAGCCAAGCAAUCUGAAUUUGACUGAACUCUUAAAUUAUAAUUAAAAUGCAAUUUACCAGGAAACAAUUUGUGCUCCCUGAAUUCAGUAGAGCUUAUUUCUGUCAGGUUAUGUCUUUAAAAAAAAAAAAAGGAAGAUGGGAUGCAUACCAUUGUUUAUCUCUUCCAGUAAUCAUGAUUAGGUUGUAUCUUUAUCUUUGUUCUUGAAUAAGCCCCACAGGAUGAAGAAGGGAGCAAGGAAUGACCACUCUUCAGAUAUGGCACCCAGAUAUUUAUUUAACACUUUAAAUAGAAAUUGAAAUGUAGGGUUUUUUAAUUAUUUUGGAAAUGUUUUGUAGUCUGGUUUUAAAUAUCAUUGUAAUGACUUAGCUACUUUUUAUGUAUUGCUGUAUGGUUGAUGAAAUAAUGAAAUGAAUUGCAAGUUAGCUUCCUAUCCCCUUUCUCAUUCUUCUGAAAGUACAGAUGUCUCGUUAACUCUAGGAUAUACCUGGGGUUUAUAUUUCUUUCCCCCUAUACUGGUAGUAAAGCAUGUGAGAAAAUAAACAAAACAUUCAAUGUUCUUGUCCUGGCAACAUAAUGGUGAAAUGUAAAUUAAAAAUGCUUUAAAUUUUGCCAGUGAACCCAGGACACUGAAACAUAAACAGACCCCUGCAGGUUAGUGAUAUUGCACGUUUACACCAUGAUUAACUAGAACCUUUGCCAGGUAGCCAGAAUAGUCAAGAGGAAAUAAAAUGUAAAGUGGUAAUGACACAUUUCUUAACUUUAAAAAUAAAUAAAUGGAUAUUUUGACUUUAUAAUUAUUACAGUAGAAUUGAUAAUGUUAUGCUUGUGCAUUUUUGCAGUCUUACCUUGAACUGUUAAAAGUGAUGAUGUGAUUAUUAGCACUGAAACAGAAGCAGAAUGGAUGCAGAAAGUAAAAAAACAAGGGAGUUUAAUGAAGUCGCGAAGAAACAUUAUUAAAUUGUUUACUGGCUUUUUCACUUUAGGAUUACCCCACUUUUCAAAUAGUAAGUGCCAUUAAGACCAAUUUGGUAGAUGCUCUUAAAUAUAACCCCCGUAGAAAAUGCAGGAUUUUAACGUUUAUUGAUUUGUAGAUCUUCCAUUAUUUGAAAAGUUCAUCGUUGCAUAAUAUUGUUUUGAUGGCUAUUAGUUGUAUUAGUCACAGCCACUGAAUGGAAUUAUUUUGUUCACUUAUUUAUCAAUAGAUGCCUUAAUAUGUCUUUGUACUUUAUGGUUCUAUAAAACUUUGAACACUAUGGGAAGCAUUCUUCUCGGUGGGGAUAGUACUUUUUCUUAACUUCUAGAAAAUGAACACUUUUUGCAGUCAGGAGUUUAAUGAAAAAAGUUUACAUCAGACAUUACCACUAAUUAUAACCUAUAUCCUUGGCAUUGUGGCUGAUGGCCUUGUCUUGGUCUACAUGAUAAAAUUGCCGGCAUACAAUUAUCUUUUACUGUUUCUCCUCCCCCCCGCCCCCCUAGAAUAAACUGUGGCCUAUUUGUAUGUACUUGCACAGCACAGAAAGAGGCGGUUUUGAAUUAUUGGGAUUAUCUAUAUACUUGUUUCCAGUAAGCCUCAUAGAAGGGAAAAGCUACAGCAAUGGCCAUAUUAAGAGGUUUUUUUAAUCUGUUGUCUAGAGUUGUGUCUAAUGUAGUAAUGUCCUCCUCAGAUCUCAUACUGAAUCGGUAAUUAUGAGAUUUGACGCAAACAUUUCUGAUUUCGCUAUGUUAUCUUUGUCAUAUAGUCUGUUCUGUCUCUGAUAAUGAGUAAAAAGGGCAUUUCAGUGUCAGUCAGAUCUGCUUACUUUAAUUUGAUUUAUUGGUAAAAGAAGCGAUUUGCACCUGUGAAAUUAGAUACGGUAAGUGCAAAAUACAAACACAGCUUUGACAUUCCUCAAACGUCUAUGAUUAUCAAAGAAAUCCCCAAAUUUGACUUCCAAAGGGGGACACAUUGAAGAUCUGUGCAUAGAUCUAAGAAACUGGAACACUACAUAUUUGGAGACUAA